UGGCAACAGGCGGGCUCCCUGCUCUGGUCCAGACGUGCGCUCCACCGCCGCUAUGGUUGCUGUGCCCACUGCCUGGUGCUCCAUCGCUCUGACCCUGCUCCUGGCCCUGCACGAAGGCAAGGGUCAGGCCGCUGCCACCCCAGAGCAGCCAGUGCCCUCGCCCCGUGCCCAAGGCUCCCACCUUCGGCCUCGGCGUUGUUCCUGCAGCUCCUGGCUCGACAAGGAGUGCGUCUACUUCUGCCACCUGGAUAUCAUCUGGGUGAAUACCCCUGGACAGACAGCUCCUUACGGCCUGGGAAACCCGCCAAGACGUCGGCGCCGCUCUCUGCUAGGGCGCUGUGAAUGCUCCAGCACCAGAGACCCUGCCUGUGCCACCUUCUGCCAUCAAAGGCCCUGGGUGGAAGCCAUGGCAAUCCCAGGCAUUGGGUCCCCUGCAGAUGGGUUCCAGGCUGACAAGACGUGGACCACUGCAGGACAGCUCCUCCAGCAGCUGAGGAACAUUUCUGCUGCCAAGAUCUGCUUUGCUAGGCGACAACAAGAGGCAAAAAGGAUGACCAGGCCUACACACUCCAGGCGGAAGAAGAGAUAGUGUUGAUAGCUGGAGGAACGUUGGGAAGAAAGCCGAUGUGGCGAUGGGAGGAGAGGGGCAGCCCAGGGCAGGGAGACCCUCCAUCUGUUUCCUGGGCCAGGAAACCCACCUGUGGGUUUGGCACAAGCUCUGGCCUCCUCGUCCUGAUGAGGGGAGCCUCCCUCAAGGCAGCUCCAAAGCAUCACACUGCCCAGGAAAGCCGUCAGCCCCCAGGCUACUGAUCAGCCUCCCACCCUGCCUCUGGCCCCACAUCUCUGCUGCAAGUAUACUGUGUGGGGAGCUCACCAACCUGGAGGCCACAUUCUGAGAGGUGUUCUCUCCGUUGGCUACAAAGCAGGAGUAACAUGCAGUGAUGGACGCUCACACCUAAGCCAGCCCUGGAGGCUGGAUGGGUCUGCCAAAUGGCUGGUGUCCUGGCUACCCCCCAUCUGUCCGUUCCAGCUCUCCCUCCCCAGAGUCUUUGUACCCUCAUACUCUCGGAACACUCCUGGUGAGACGGGCCUAUUCUGCUUCUGUCUGUAUAUAACUUAUUUGCUGUAAGAACUUUGAGAAUUCCGGUUAUUUAUUAUAA